GUGUGUGUGUGUGUGUGUGUGUGUGUGUGUGUGUGUGUGUGUGUGUGUGUACAUUAUACGUGUCGGUACAUUAAGCUACAAUUUGUGUGAGGGAGUGUGUUACUGGAGCAUAUUGUUUAGUUUGUGUAUUAAUGUGUGGAAAUGAUUGUGUUGUGUUUGCGUUGUCUCAGUAAAAUAACUGUCCUGAGAUCAUCGUGUCUAUCACAGCAUCUCCUGGUGUAUGUGUGUGUGUGUGUGUGUGUGUGUGUGUGUGUGUGUUUUACUCCUCUAACACUCGUUUUUUCACUUUUUUCCCACAUAUCUGUGUGUUUCUUUGUCUGCUUGCUGGUUGUCGGUGUUGGUUAUUGGUUAUAUCAUCUCUUCUGUCUCCUCCACACGACUGCUGGAGAAUUCGAGUUACUUUAAAACUUCAUGCCUUAAACAACACGUGAGACAUAUCCCGAGAUGAAUUAAUUUUAUACAGUGAGGGUUUAAUACUGAAAAAACACACAUCCUUAUUCAAACCUCAGAAGUAACGCAGGAGAUUCUGCGUUUUUCUUCAUAUCCUCUCGAGUCAUUCCAUCUAUUCCAUCUUCUGCUGCUGUUGUUCUGUAGAGUCCCGCACCAGCACACGUUUGGAUCUGAAUUCCAGAGAUGAACACAACGCUUCAUCCUACACACACAGAUAUUAUUUGUUUUUUUUCUUCCUCUUGUUCUUCUUCUUUUCCUCCUCUCCAUCUUAACUUCCAUCUCCUCUCUUCUCUCUUUCUUCCUGCUAUAACAUUUAUUCUCUACCUGUCCCUCCCUCCAUGCAGCCGGAACGCUCGAUGAAGAAGCUCCCUCCACCUCCUCCGGUGAGUGAUGCUGAGGAGCAGGUGAUGGUGGUAGCUCUGUACGAUUUCACAGCAUGUGAGAGUUCAGACCUCAACCUGAGGAGAGGAGAGGAGUACAGGAUCCUCCACAAACAGGACCAGCUGUGGUGGAGAGCAGAGGACCAACACGGGAAUAAAGGCUUCAUCCCGAGUAACUAUGUCACGGAAAAACACAACAUAGAGGCAAACGAGUGGUACUGCAAGAGCAUUAACAGGUCUGAAGCUGAAAAUAUGCUAAGACGGGAGGAUAAAAAUGGUGGUUUCAUUGUAAGAGAGUCCAGCCAGCCAAAUCGCUACACAGUGUCUGUCUACGCCAAGGCCAAACGGGAUAGCCUGGGAGAUGUGAAACAUUAUCAGAUAAAACAGACGGAAGUGGGAAAGUUCUUUCUGGCUGAGAAUUACAUCUUCAGCUCCAUUCCUGAGAUGAUUAAUUACCACAAACACAACGCCGCAGGUCUUGUAACAAGAUUGCGUUAUCCUGUUGGACCAAUGGAACAGUGUAUCCCUACUACUGCGGGAUUUAGCUCAGAUAAGUGGGAGAUUGACCCGAGUGAGCUGACCUUCAUGAAGGAGCUGGGGAGCGGAGAAUUCGGAGUGGUGAGAUUGGGAAAAUGGAGAGCACAGCACACGGUGGCCAUUAAAGCCAUCAGAGAGGGAGCCAUGAGUGAAGAGGACUUUAUAGAGGAGGCCAAAGUGAUGAUGAGACUGUGUCACCCUAAGCUGGUACAGAUCUACGGUGUGUGUACGACGCAGCAUCCGAUCUGCAUUGUGCUGGAGUUCAUGGAGAACGGCAGUCUGCUGCAGGUACUGCGUCACCAUGGCAACAGUCUGGAGUGUGUGCGGCUGUUGGCCAUGUGCCAGGACGUGUGUGAGGGCAUGCAGUACCUUGAACACAACAACUUCAUACACAGAGACCUGGCUGCGAGGAACUGUAUGGUGAACGAAAAGAAUGUGGUGAAAGUCUGUGAUUUUGGCAUGGCAAGGUAUGUGUUGGAUGAUCAGUACACGAGCUCGUUGGGCUCCAGGUUCCCAGUGAAAUGGUCUCCACCUGAAGUUCUGCACUACAACAAGUUCAGCAGCAAAUCUGACGUCUGGUCCUUUGGUGUGUUAAUGUGGGAGGUGUUCUCUGAAGGACGCACUCCGUUUGGGAAUCGGCCGAAUGCUGAAGUUGUGGACGAGGUGACGCAGGGAGUGCGACUGUACAAACCGCACAAAGCACCAACAAACAUCUACAAAAUCAUGUACAAGUGCUGGCAUGAGAGGCCUCAGGGUCGGCCCUCGUUCUCCAACCUGCUGCAGAGCAUUAAAGACAUCAGUGAGGAAACACAAACAACAACAACACAAACUGCAUAAUAACACACCACACACCACCACAGCUGCACACCACUGCAGCUACACACCAGUGACUGUAUAUACGAGUGGACAGCAGGGGGUCAUUCAUUCCCAUUGUGUGAGUUUGACGCCGGUGCGGUGGAAAAGAACGUCACCAUCUUGUGAAAAUUAGAGCUGGAGCGUGAGCAGUAGUUACAGCCAGGUGAACAGUAGCUCCGCCCCUCGCCCCGCCCACACUGCUGAUGAUCACAGUACUUGCUCACGUCUAUGAACAUCGGCUAACUCGAAAUGACGAGUACAGCGUUAUUAAUUAAAAUAUAAAUUCUAUGAUUUUUUCAGGUAUAUUGAUUCUACAUUUGAAGAUGUAGAAAAAGAUUUUAGAGCUUGUCCUGACUGACUGAGCUACUAUUUGCUGACAUUAUACAUCAUUUUAAUUCAAGUAUUGUAAAUAUAAGUAGCGCAUGUAAAGAACUGAGAAUAUAAACAGCAGUCAGCAUUUACAUGUUUAAAAAGGACAGAUUGGCUAACCUUACCAAGCUACUACGAGUGCUAGCUAAAGUCAUACAGUCAGUAAAUUGUUGUGAAACGUAGCUGAGGGUCUGUUAGAACAGUUUACUGCAGAACAGGACACAACUUAUGGCUACACUGCAAAUAUAUAAUGUUUAAAAUGCAUAAAAUGAACUUUGCUGGACUGUAAUCUCAGUAAGAGCUUCAGCUGAGUGUUGGAAAGUGUGCGUGUGUGUGCGUGUAAACUGUCAAUCACCUCAUUAACCACGCCCUUUUAUUGAUCACUAAAUAACUCCUAUACAACGCAUUUAUACGCAUAAGAAGAAAUAUUGGAGGGAGCUAUCCACUGAACUGAAACGACAGAACACUAUUCCCUAAAAUAAUUUGCAGAAAUGUAACUUAAAAUGGCUCAUUUUCCGUUCACUAACAUGGGAAUGGGCGGGGCUGCAGUGGGCGGAGUUAUAUAUUGUACUGUCCACAGUAAUAACAACAGUAUUAUUGUUUCAGAUUGUAUAAAUGUCAAAAUAUUAGACUUAUCUGUAUAAAAUAUAUAUUUUUGUAAUAAACAGAAUUAAAGACAAUUAAAUUAAAAACAACUCAUGCUUUCGAGUGUCACUAAGCACUUCCUGUUCUUUCAGUAAGCACUUCCUGUUCCUUUAACGUUUAAUGUUCCUUUAUUAUUAU